AUGACCAACAUCCCCUGUUGUCCGAUCCCGACGGUGCAACACACCAUAGCCGGCGAGUACGGCUACCUCGACACCAUGUACCACCUCUGCGAAAUCAUCUCGCGCCGCCUCAACCCGGACGUCGCGACAUCCGUGAGCUACGAGCAGAUGGUGGAGAACUGCGAGGCCGUCGAAAACCUGCGCAACAUGGUGGCCCCCAACAUCCGCAUCAAGGAGCAGUGCAAGCGGGCCGUCGACCGCCUCCAGCACUACGCCGUGCGCCUGCACACCUCCUUCGUCAUCUCCGUCUGCUGCCGGCCGGCGCUGCGGCGGGACUGCACCAAGCUCACGCCCGAGCAGAAGCGCCACCUGUCGGAAAAGUGCCAGCACAACCUCGCCGAGACGGUGCGCAUGUUCCUCGCCAUGCACCAGCUCUCCGUCAUCCCGACGCGCAGCUGGGCCUUCACCUACCACGGCCUGUCGUCGGCGCUGCUCCUCGGCAUCCUGGGCGAGACCAAGAACAGCCCCGAGGUCCGCCAGCUGCAGGGCGACCUCAUCGCCGCGCUGUCGGCGACGGCCGCCAAGGAGGCCACGUCGCCGUCGGCGCACAUCCCCAAGACGGACAAGGACAUUGAGCUGUCGGGUCCGCUGUGGAGGGCGCUGACGGCGCUGCGCAACAUCUACGAGCACGGCACCAUCAUGGGCACGUCGCAGCUGAAGGGCACCGACUCGAGCGGCACGGGGAGCGGCGCGAGGACGCCGCUGCCGCCGAUGCUCAUGGGCCCAAUGGCCAACAACGUCAACGGCGGAGCCGACGGCGGCGGUGUCGGCAAGGGCUUCGGCCUCGACCCGCACCAGGAUGCCGCCCUCGCCAUGGCCGAGAUGCAGAACGGAACCACGCUGGCGGCCGAGUACACGCCCAAGUAUGGUCUCGUUCCCCCGUCACCCGAUUCGCAGUCGCUAAUAAUGAGACCAAGUAUGGGAUACCCGCCCGUCAGCAUGGACAACAUUGCCAACCUGGACCCCUCGACGUACAUGUCACCGAUGGACCUCUACGAAUCGAUCUGGUGGGAAUCUCCCGACCCCUGGAACACCGGCGUCGAUACCAUGAACUUUGACUUUGUCGCCCAGCCCCCGCCAGGUCAGCCCCAGCAACAAUACUAUUUUUGA